AUGAGAGGUGAUAACUCCGGUCAGUCAUUUGGUAUCACGUCUGACACAGCAACCUCACAAAUUGCGCAUAGUCACGAAUGCGUGUACCGGUCGUCGCUAUGUAUUUGCAUAAUUGAGAAACGCGGCUUUGCCCCCUUGGACCAGGCCAGACAAACCCCGCUUUUUCAAACUAAGACAGACUCCUUUUAUGCCCACAUCCGGGAUGUCCGAUGUAUUGUAGUCGGGUCGCGAUGCCUUCUGCCCAGGCCGAGAAGGUCAGAUCGGAAGCAGCAACAGCUGCGUCUACACGUCUCCAGAGGGCGCGUCAACCCACGUGCUAGCGAAUCUUUGCAGUUCACCGGUGGGACAAGACGGACGGGGACUUGGGGGCAAAGGGUCGGGUAG